GAGGGGCACAUCAUGUCUCUGCGGGCGUACUUUGUGGGCGUGGAUGUGGGCACGGGCAGUGCGAGAGCAGCGCUGGUGGACGCCAAGGGACGUGUGGAGGCGCAGGCGGUGGAGAUGAUCAAAACAUGGACACCAGAGCCGGACUACUACGAGCAAUCGAGUGAGGAUAUCUGGCGUGCAAUCUGUAAGGUCGUGAAGCAAGUCACUGCUGGUGUUAGUAAGACGCAAGUCAAGGGCAUUGGGUUCGAUGCCACCUGCUCUCUGGUCAUCUUGGGCGCCAAUGGAGCCCCGUUGACGGUUAGCAAGAGUGGCGUAGCCGAACAGAAUAUAAUAUUAUGGAUGGAUCAUCGAGCCGAACUGGAGACGGCCGAGAUAAAUGCCGGCAAGCAUUCGCUGCUUAAAUAUGUUGGUGGACAGGUAUCGCUGGAGAUGGAGAUACCCAAGCUGUUGUGGCUGAAGCGCAAGCUGCCCAAGACUUAUGGAAGCAUUUGGCGUGCCUUCGAUCUGCCUGACUUUCUCACGUGGCGGGCAACAGGUGUCGACACGCGAUCCCUGUGCUCCGUGGUGUGUAAAUGGAACUAUGAUGCAGCCGCCCACAGUUGGAACACUGAAUUUCUACGCGGCGCCAACCUAGAGGAGCUGACGCGUGAGAAAUUUGCGGCAUUGGGCAGCGAUGUCCAGCCGCCGGGCAAACCUGUGGGAAAUGGUCUUUCUCAGAGCGCUGCCUCUGAACUGGGGCUGGCCGUGGGCACUGUGGUCAGCACAUCCCUAAUUGAUGCACAUGCCGGCGCCUUGGGUAUGUUUGGUUGUCGUGCCGAUGAUGCAAACGAUGGUGAUGAUGUGCAGGGCAAAAUGGCAUUAAUAGCGGGCACAUCCACCUGCCACAUGAGCAUCACGCGUGAUGCCUGCUUUGCCCAGGGAGUGUGGGGUCCUUAUCAAGAUGCUAUCAUUCCGGGUUACUUUCUGAACGAGGGUGGUCAAUCGAUUGCCGGCCAUCUGCUGGAUCAUGUGCUCAAGACGCACGAAAGCUAUUCCGAGUUGCAUGAGAAAUUGGGCGGAGAUAAACACAUCUACCAAUAUCUGAACAAGUUGCUGCCUGAGUUGGCCGAGAGACGAGGUCUCACCGACCUUAGUUGCUUGACGCAGGAUGUCCAUGUUUGGCCGGAUUUGCAUGGCAAUCGUUCGCCUGUUGCGGAUCCCACACUGCGCGGAAUAAUCACUGGCCUGGACAUGACACGCGGCGUUGAAUCUCUGGCAAUUAAAUAUCUCGCUUUUGUACAGGCACUGGCUUACGGCACCCGACACAUCAUUGAGAAUCUUUAUCAGCACAAGCGGGCCGCAUUUCAGACGCUGCUCUUUUGCGGCGGCUUGGCCAAGAAUCCACUCUAUGUGCAAUGCCAUGCGGAUGCUUGCAAUCUGCCUGCCCUGAUUCCCGACGAGCAGGAAAUGGUGCUGGUGGGUGCAGCCGUUUUGGGCGCUGCUGCUGCCGGUCACUACGACAGCCUUGAGAGCGCUUCGAAGGCAAUGGGUGGCACUGGGCAGCUGUUGAUGCCGAAUCCCAACACUGUGGAGCUGCACAAUCGAAAAUACAAGGUCUUUCUGAGGCUGCUGGAGCAUCAGCGAGAGUAUAGAAACAUUAUGCAGGGAAACAGUGCUUAG